AUGGCUGCAACGGUGCAAACAAACCCAGUGCGUCACAAUUAUGAGAGUUCCACUCUUCCCGUAUACCACCAGGUCCCAGAGACCAAGUACGAACUUGAGUGGGCAGACUUAGUCACACUUGAUCUUUCAAAGUUUGACCAGCCGGGUGGCAAAGAAGCUCUCGCAAAACAGCUCUUUGAUGCCAUUCAAACCAUUGGAUUCUUCUACAUUGUCAAUUUUGGUUUGAGUCAAGGAGAUGUCGACCGCCAAUUCGCGAUAGGAAAGUCUUUCUUCGAACUACCCACCGAAGAAAAGCUCAAGUAUCGUGCCGACCUAGAAAACGGCGGUUAUAAUGGGUACAAACCGCUUGGUCUAAGAGAAAUCCGGCCCGGAGUCUUUGACAACACCGAGAUCUUCAACAUCCCAAAGUUCAUCCCUGCCUACGAGCGCCCACAACCCGAUGUGAUCGAACAAAACAGAGCAGAAAUUGAACAUUUCGCACGUCAUAUUCACAACGAGAUUGUGAACCGGCUACUUACGCUGUUUGCAAUCAUACUGGAGCUACCCGAAGACCACUUCGCUGCCCGCCAUCGUUAUGAUGAGGCAUUGUCGGACUGUCACUUGAGAUACAUGAAGUACCACGCGCGAGAUGUGAAGACCAACGAAAGACUGGAAAACGUUUGGGUCAAAGGCCACACUGACUUUGGGAGUCUUACUUUGCUGUUCAGGCAGCCUGUUGCAGCUCUCCAGGUGCGAGGUAAAGAUGGCAACUGGAAGUGGGUCAAACCAUACAACGGUAGCAUCACUGUGAACGUGGCCGACGCGCUAGAGUUUCUGAGUAAUGGGUUCCUGAAAAGCAGCAUUCAUCGCGUCGUCGCCCCACCCCCAGACCAGGCGGGGAUCGAUCGUCUAGGUGUACUGUACUUCGUACGGCCUGAAGAUAGUCUCGAGCUGAGACCGGUUCAAAGCAAGGUUCUCCAAAGGCUGGGCUACAAUUCUAAUGAGAAUGCGGCUGUGGCUGGAAUCACAGCUGGUGAAUGGGUGAAGGCUCGCGUCAGGGCGGGCGUAAAUCGUAGCCAAGCAAGAAGCGAGGUCUCCGAACAGGAAAUUGUGAAAGGGGUGAAGGCCAAGUAUUACGACUGA